AUGACGACCCGCGAAGAAGAGGACCCCUCCUACAUCGACUACGAAGCCUUCCUCGACCCCGAAUUCAGCCCCUCCUCCUUCGCAAAUACACUCGUCCUCGCAACGAACAACCCCAACGAUGCGCCCCUCGAUCUGUCCACCCCCCUUUCCCGCGUCCUCUUCGACACUCAAGAGAUCGACUCCCACAUUGACGUCCUGACAACAAAGUCUGCUGCACCCCUCCUACAGUACACAAAAGAACAGACGACAUCUAGCAAGCACAUCAUCUCCGAGCUUGACGCCCAGAUCAAGAACCUCAACGACAGCUACAAGCAGCUCGAGAAGGAGGUCAUUGAUAAGCAUGCCGAGGCUGAAGAGGUGCGGCAGGUUGCUACGCGGUUAUGGGAGACGCUGAAGCUCGGUCGCUCUGUGGGACGGUGUCUGCAGCUCGGAAGGCAGCUUGAGGUCCAGCACGCUGAGAUUGCUGGAUCCAGCGUCAGUGCUGCUGCUGCCGCGGCGGGCAAGAAAGAGGAUCACCGAGCGCUAGUGCGGUGUUCACACACGAUACUUUCGUUGAGGGAGGUUCUUGAUAAUACGGCGCCUGGGGAGGAAGGACAUGGUCUAGGCAAGGUCGAUGCGAUUCGCACUCUUCGGGAGUCUGUAAUCACGCCAGUGGAGCGGUCUGUCAAGGAGACGGCAGAGAAGAUCAUCCGCGACUUUGCGAUUCCCAACUCGGCCACAUUUGCGCAAGGCGAAGAAGUCAAGGCGAGAACCGUAUCAGCCAUGGUCACGCUCUUUUUACUCUCUCCGGUACCGACGCAAAAGACGGAACGAUGGACGCCGCAGCUACUCCUACAGAGUCUUGAGACGUACUUCCGCUCAGCCUUGCAGUCCUCCAUCGCCUCACUCUCUCGGUCACUGGGUCAGCUUCCAUCCCUCGAACGCACUCUCGCUGAGAUCUCAGCGCGGUGCCAGAACAUCGUCGCCCUCGAGCUCGUUCUUGAGUCGACUAAGCUGCCGGCGCACCCGCUUGUAUUGGCGCCGCAGAAGCAGACCAAUAUGCUACAGCCUCUGCUGGCGUACCUCGAGACAGGGAGCCUGCCAAGUUACUUCUGGCGGACGAUGGCCGGCAAUUUGGGUACGAGGGUGCAGGAGAUUGUGAACCGUGGCGGGGUGUCUGCGCGUACGUUGCGGUCCAAUAGGGCGAGUGUUGGGGACGCCGUGAGGGAGUGUGUCGUGAGAGGAUGCCAGAUGCCGAGUGCGUUGAAGGGCAAGGCAAGAGGGGAGGGCAACUGGGAUAGAGAGGUCGCUGUCAUGGUCGGCAGCGUUGUCAACAACCUUGGUCGGUAG